AGCUAUAACAACGAUGGUGUCAUGGCGGUCAUCCGAGCGGCUGAAGCCAAACGAUCUCCUGCCCUUAUUGAAAUCUUUCCGUGGACGAUGCAUUUUCAAGGCCCCCACUUUGUCAAAUACAUCGUGGAAGCGGCUCACGCAGCCUCGGUUCCGAUCGGGGUUCAUCUCGAUCAUUGUAUGGACCCAGCCGAUGUUAAGCAGGCCUUGAGCUUGCCCAUUGACUCCAUUAUGGUGGAUGCUUCAAGACUAGAGCCAGAAGACAACAUUCGCUAUUGUCGGGAGAUCACAGAGUUGGCUAAAGCCCAAGGCAUCACCGUGGAAGCAGAAAUGGGCCGUAUCAACGGCGGAGAGGACGGCAUCCCGGACGCGGGUCACCUAGAAGAGAUUUUGACCGAUCCUCAACACGCAGCAGAUUUCACACAGCGAACUGGUGUCCAUUUUCUGGCGCCCUCCUUUGGCAAUAUUCACGGACCCUACCCUGAAGGCGGCUCUGAGAGAUAUUGGCAACUUGAUAGGCUCAAGUCAAUUGCCGACGCCAUUGGGCCCUCAGUCCCGCUAGUUAUCCACGGGACACACCCCGUGCCGGAUUGGCUUUUCCGUAAGGCCAUCGACACCGGCGCUCGUAAGAUCAACAUCAAUCGGAAUGCGCGGGACGAAUACACCAAGUUUGUUGCUGAAAACGCGGGACGCCUUGAGCUCACGGCUUUGAAAGAGCAGUCAGUGGCUAUCUAUCAGAAAUCCGUCGAAUCCUUGAUGGAUGUCCUUGGUUCGUCUGGCAGGGCUCCAUAG